AGAUGGAGUCUCGUUCUGUCGCUCAGGCUGGAGUGCAGUGGCGCCAUCUCACCUCACUGCAACCUCUGCCUCCCAGGUUCAAGCAAUUCUCAUGACUCAGCCUCUGGAGUAGCUGGGAACACAGGCACGCGCCACCAUGCCUGGCUCAUUUUUGCAUUUUUAGUAGAGACGGGGGGUUUCUCCACGUUGGCCAGGCUGGUCUCGAACUCCUGACCUCAGGUGAUUGACCUGCCUCAGCUUCCCAAAGUGCUGGGAUUGCAGGUGUGAGCAACCGCACCGGCCUUUCUGUAUUCUAAAUGAACAUAAGUAGUUCUACACCUGACAAAAACUGCUUAGCGGCCACUGGAAACUCUGACAAACUCCUCAUCUAGCACUUAAGGCUUUUCCCUCAACUGCAUUUCUAGACUCGUCUUCUACUUACAUACCACCCAGGUGCCCUCCAGUUUCUGGGCCUUUGCUUAGGCUAUUCCUGUCUCCAUCUAGGUCUCCAACUGUUGAAAUACCAUCAUAUCUUUAGUUCCUGGCCAAAAUAUCAAUUUAUUCUCUGACAGAAAGUUUCUCACCCACUCUUAGCCUGAACGUUCAUGCCAGGAGAUACUAGAUCCCCUCUAAAACUCCAGAGUAGCUAAACUGGACUUUAUUACGCGCUGCCCCCGCCCCCUUCCCUCCCCCCACCAACCUCCCUCGCCACCAUUGCCACUGGCCUGCGCUUAGCUGGCUGCUAUAGCAGAUAUCUGUUGGACAGUGUCAAUGGCUUGUAUUCCAGGCCCAUGGGGGUGCGGCGGGGGGUGUUGGAGACGGGACUGGGGCUUGAGCUCCUUGCACCCGACUCUCCCCGCCGCCUUGUAGCCCCACUUCUGCUUUAGGUAGAGUACCGCAGGCACCAAGUGCAGCUUUCCUGUCACCAUAGCGACGGGCGGGGCGAGAGGGCAAAGUCUCCCUUUGGAACUACAUCUCCCAUCAUGCAUCCGCGCCUCGGGGUGCCUGGCUCAGCCUCAGGCCUGAGACCUGUACCAACCCCCGGGAGCCGUGCGGCGCCGACAAUGAGGAGCAGAGUGCAAGAGGGCGGCCUCGCUCCCCUGGCCACCGCGGGGUUCGCGGCCUCCCGUUACAUAGCGGGUGUCUCGAGCCCUGGCCUGCUCUAGGCACCGCCACAACGGGCCUAAUAUGGCCGCUGGUGCCGGGACCUGCCGGGCGCGCGGAGGAUCGGGCCGAGGUCCGGGAUCAGGAACUGCUCCCGGCAUUCCUCGCGAUUGUAUGGCGUGGGCUCCCUUCCCCCUCUCUGGGUCCCGCGAGGAGACUCUCGGGCUUUGAGGCGAGACCUGAGGUUCCGCUGGCCGGUAGUGUAGCAGGAAAGGACAGGUCCUCCCGGGUCGUGAGCCACUAGCCUCCUGGGGUGGCAAGGUGUAGAGAGGCGGGCGUUGAAAGGACACCCGCUACCUGGCCUGCUUUCUAGGGGUCUCUUUGGAUUGAGGACAUCAGCAGCAGUGGAAGGGAUUUUCCUGGAGACCUGUCACUGUCAGGGCCUUAAAAUAUCACCGACGGGGCCUUAAUGUCACCGAGGUAGAGAGAAAAGGGCAGUAGCCCUAGAGACUAUUGCGACACAGUGUGCCCCUCAUAAGUUCUUCCAGGGAGGGGGUCUGUACUGAGUUGACGCCCCAGGAGCUGAGCACCAGGAUUUGCAUCCUUGAGAACUCAGCAAACGUUUGUUCAGCCAGUUGCAGGUAGCAUGGCCCAGGGCUUGAUUGAGGUGGAGCGAAAGUUCCUUCCAGGGCCUGGCACAGAGGAGCGGCUGCAGGAGUUGGGGGGCACCCUGGAGCACCGGGUCACCUUCCGAGACACCUACUAUGACACCCCUGAGCUGAGCCUCAUGCAGGCUGACCACUGGCUGCGACGACGAGAGGAUAGUGGAUGGGAGCUCAAAUGUCCUGGAGCAGCAGGUGUCUUAGGACCCCACACGGAGUAUAAGGAACUCACAGCGGAACCUGCAAUUGUGGCCCAGCUCUGUAAGGUGCUGGGGGCUGACGGCCUGGGGGCUGGAGAUGUGGCUGCUAUGCUGGGCCCACUGGGGCUGCAGGAAGUAGCUAGUUUUGUGACUAAGCGGAGUGCCUGGAAGCUGGUGCUCUUGGGAGCUGAUGAAGAGGAGCCACAGCUCAGGGUGGACUUGGAUACAGCCGACUUUGGCUACGCUGUGGGUGAGGUAGAGGCCCUGGUGCAUGAGGAGGCUGAAGUACCAACUGCCGUAGAGAAGAUCCACAGGCUCAGCAGCAUGCUUGGUGUACCUGCACAGGAGACAGCACCGGCCAAGCUGAUCGUGUAUCUACAGCGUUUCCGGCCUCAAGACUAUCAGCGCCUGUUAGAAGUGAACAGCUCCAGAGAGAGGCCACAAGAGACUGAAGAUCCUGACAACUGCCUGGGCUAGGGGUGUCACUUCCUAGAAGGGGAAGGGAACUCUGGGUCUAAUGGAGUCCACUCCUGGGCCCACUGUGCCUCUCCCCUCAGUGUCCCUUAUGACAGUGACUCCUCUGUCUCCAGCUCUGCCUGUUUCUUCUCCCUCCUCUAAGCUACUGUUCCUUGAGCCCUCCCUGGCUGCUUCCUCUCCCUCAUCCGUCAGAUGCAAUCUGUGGGCCGCCCCUCUCCCCUGGCCGCUAAGCAGCCUCCAUUGAUUUCCGCUCGUGUUUACAGGAUUUCCACUUAGCUGUGAUCAGUAGUUAAGCACAGGAAAAUCCCUUGCCACCCCCCUCCCUUGGUCGAUGCCAUUGAUUCUGCCAGCGGCUCCUAAACUGCCUUACAGCUGAGUUAGAAGAUGAGGGGAGGCAGCAGGGAUUUCCCUGCCUUGGGGUGUGGGAAACAGAAGCAAGUUGAGGAAAUGGUUGGGAAUCCCUGUUAGAACUCUAGAAAUUCUAAUCUGAUUUUGCCACUGUGCCCAGCUCUGCCCCAGAGGGUAGAGUGCCUCCUGUGGAAGUUUAGGGGCAAAUUUGUUCCCUGACCUGGAGAGGGUUAGAAAGAACCAACAGCUGCCCCCUCCCCGCCCCAGUGUUGAGACAGGUUCUCAAGGCUCAGGGGAAGAUGCAUACCUCCUAUGUAAGAAUGCUUUUCCCUUGCUGUUAUUCAUACACACUUUCCACUUCAAAUAUACCCAAAUAUGGCUUUCCUCCCC